AUGGCAAAUACAUCACAGAUAACAUCCUUCAUACUGACUGCAUACGGAGAACUUGAAGAUUUGAGCUAUUUUUAUUUUUUGCUUGUACUUGUACUAUAUCUCGCAAUCAUUUUCUCAAAUUCCAUCCUCAUUUGUGCAAUCUACCUGGACAGGCAAUUUCACAAACCCAUGUAUUGCUUUGUGUGCAACUUGUGUGUCAAUGGCCUCUAUGGAAGCAUGGGUUUGUUCCCUUGUCUUCUAGUUAAUAUUUUGUCAGACAAGCAUGAGAUAAGCCGGUCCUCUUGCUUGAUGCAGAUUUUUUGUUUGCACACAUAUGGUGUUUGUGAAUUUACAAAUUUAGCAGUGAUGGCAUAUGACAGGUAUGUGUCUAUCUGCUACCCUCUGCAAUACAGCACAAUCAUGUCACCUUUUAAAGCAAAUGCGUUUAUUACUUUUGUCUGGUUGUUUCCUUUUUGUAAAUCUUCAGUGACAGUAGCUCUAACCUCUCAGCUGCCAUUGUGUGGAAUGUAUGUAGAAAAACUAUAUUGUGAUAAUUUCUCUCUAGUAAACCUUGCUUGCACUAACACAACAGUUAAUAACAUUUAUGGAUUGAUAAGCCUUUCCUUAUCAGUAGUCCCACAGCUAUCCCUUAUUGUCUAUUCCUACGCAAAAAUCCUUAAAAUUUCCUUGAAGGCGAGCAACAGUUCUCGUGCAAAAGCUAUAAACACCUGCACUCCUCACAUAAUAAGUUUGGCCAACUUUUCAAUUGCAUGUACUUUCGAAAUACUCCAGAGUCGAUUUGACAUGAGCAAAGUCCCCCGUGGUUUCCGUAUAGUAGUGUCAGUGUACGCUUUGCUUUUUACUCCACUUCUGAACCCAAUUAUUUAUGGAAUACGUUCAGAAACGGUAAGAAAAAGCAUUCUAAAAAUCUUGCGAGCCACUGUGCAGAACCGCUGA